AUGGUGUUUGGUGGGAAGCAGAAGGAGUCGGCCACCCCGCGCCCGCGCCGGAAGUUCGGCGCGGCGGCGCUUGGUGGGGAUGAUGACUCCGAGGACGGCGAAGGGCAGUUUCACCCACAUGGCUUUGCCAAAUGGACUAUGAUGCGCCAGAAGGUUUGGGGAAUGAUAACAAACCCGAAGACAGACUGGGUGCUUGCAUCCAUGAUUCUGUCUGGUGUCGUGAUUUUAAUUGUUGAUGCUGACUUGACAGCGAAGCAUGAUGAUCGGAAUCCCGAGGAAGAGCUCUGGCAGUUAAUUACAAACUACAUCACAGCAUUUUACACCUGUAUCUAUGCGCUGGAGAUGUCCGCUCGGAUCUACGUUUUCAGACUCGAGGUUUUCAAAACCGCUAUGCUCUUUGACUUCUUGAUCGUUGCAUCCGACGUGAUUCUUCUCAUCUCAGAUGUUGCCCUAGGAUUCUCUUAUCAGCUUGGCUUCUUGCGGAUCUUCCGCUUGGUGAGGGUGUUUAGAUUUGUCCGCGUGGUGGGCAUGUUCCCGGAGCUGCAGUUCCUGGUCAAAGGCUUCAUCUCCUCCUUCUCGGCGGUCUUCUGGGGCUCCAUCUUGAUGUGGAUAGUGAUCCUCAUGUGGGGCAUCAUUGCUGUCUACUUCAUUGAGCCCGUGAAUCGCGAACUUGUUCUGGAGAUGAGCUCCGGAGAAGAGUGUGACAGGAGCUGCAAAGCUUGGGCCUCUGUUUGGUCUUCCGUCAUAACCCUUUGCCAGACGGUCGUCUUUGGCGACAGCUGGGGCGCAUCAGCCAUCGCUAUCAUUGAAAAGGCGCCGCAGACUAUCUUCAUCUUUGUCGGUAUGUACGCCACAGUGACCCUUGGGGUGCUGAAUCUGAUCGUGGCGGCGAUCGUGGAUAGUGGUGCCCAGGCCCGAGAAGAAGCCCAAGAGGCAAAGAGGAGAAGGCAAAGAAAUGAGGAGCAGAAGCAGAAGGAGCGGCAGAAGAACCGGCUGCUGGAAAUCUGCAAGAUUCUGGAUGAUGAUGAGAGCGGAUCCUUAUCCUACGACGAGCUCCUGGUGGGCUUUGAGCGAAACUCGGAGUUCCGGAAUGCCAUGAAGGACUAUAACAUCGACCGCAAAGACUUGGAUGUGCUCUUCCGCGUUUUUGACGAGACUGGCACAGGAGUUCUUGACUAUCAAGACUUCUUCAACAUGAUCGAUAGUGCGCGGGAGCAAGCUUCGCAACAGGUGUUGACGUUCGUGCGCUUCGCUGUUAUGGACCUGCGGCAACAGGUGCAAGCUGGCCAGGACAUGAUCAAGAGUGAGCUUGACUCCAUCAAGGAGUUUGUGGUCGAAGCCGAGAACUCCCUAAACGAGCGGCUUUGCCGUCUGUCGGGCGAGCCGGCUCCUCCGAAGAAGAGUGCCGCGCCUCCCCCAGUUGUGAGCAAAGUGACCUCGACCAACAACGCUGGCGCCAACGUGAGCAAAGUGAACUCGACCAACAGUGCCGCCACUAGAGCCGCCAGCCCGUCCGCAGUGGAAAAGAAGUCCCCGGCGUCCAUUUCGUCACAGAGUGCUGCCGCUCCCAAACGGGUGCCGUCAGCAAAGAGCGUGGCAGAGCCAACUCUCACCAACAAUACCUCGAAAGCAGGUAAGGCAGAAGCCAGCAGGUCCCCCUCACCGAGUUCGAUGGCCAGCCUCAAAGUGCCGGGUGAAACCAAGGACCAAGUAGCACCCCUCCAGCAGCUCAUGAAAAUCAACAAGGAGCUGCUACAAGGCAUGAGGAAGCUCUUAGAUGCUCACGCGGUGGACUUCAAUCCGACCGUGGGUGGGGGCCUGGGCCUGCAGAACUCGGAAUCCGACCGGGAGGUGGUACACGUGGAGUCCGGCUUGACAAUGAAGUCAACAAUCAGCCUACGCGGAGGUCCCGAGAUAGAGAAGGAUCCACCGCUACCGCCCGAAGGUCUGCCUGAAAGGCCCCCACGAAAAUCGUGGGACAUCCGUCCCCUUUGA